UUGUUACACUCUGUGUUAAUACCUAUAAAUCAAGAAUAUUUCGAAUUUGUGGUCAGAGUGCCUGUACGGAACGACAAAAAAAAGCUGUACAUCUUUAAAUUCAACGGCAGUCUUUGUGUGGACAUAUCUCAGUGGUCGAAUGUCUCUCUCGAUCGUGAGAACAAUGCAGAUGUUUAUUUGGAAGAAGAUACGACGCCGAAGUUCGGUGCCGGUUCAGUGUUUGGGCAGCAAAUGCGCAACGACGCACGCAGAAAGAAAUUAGGAUACACCACAACUCAGUAUCGUCGCUGUGAUCAGCCGUGGCUGUUGACCGUUUCCGGAAAGCAGGAGAAGAAGUACCGCGGUUUGCGUGAAGGGGGCAUCUCCCAGAAUGCCGACUAUUGGAUAUUUAUCAAAAACGGCGAUAACGUCUUCGAUGCGUAUAUAAUAGACGAAUGGUACAAUUUUCAGCCAAUUGCUCGUUACAAAACGCUCGACAUUGAUGAAGCUGAGGAACGUUUUCUAAAGUAUGUUGAUAAUGCCAACAUGAUUUUGUUCUCAUUUCAGCUGAUAAAGGUCCUGAUAGCGUAUAGAAAGCGAAAUAAAAGAGUAACUGUUCGCCCUGCGAUUCACAGUCGAAGUGUCUGUUUUCUGAACGCGCGUUGUUCGCAGUACAGGGAAAUUUUAGUUGAGCGAAAUCGAAAGGACGGACCAGCUUUUGGAACUUUUUCGUUUUUACAGGUUAAACGUGUUGUAUUGUAG